AUGGGAUACCGACCUUCUGGACUACCACCACAGACAAGGCAUCUCCCUGCAUGCUAUCAUGACAAACUUCCACCCAAUCCUAUCCCUGUACCUGUACUUCCCACACCUGUUGAGCCUGAUGCUCUAGCUGCUGAUAAUUUAAUGGAUGAUGAUAUUCAACAAUGUGUGGACUGGGUGUGUACUGAACAUGAUCCAUUUGAACUAUUCCGUGAGUACCCCCAUGCCUUUCCCACCUAUGACUCCGAGAACCUGAGCUACUUCGACCACCUUUGUGAUGCUCCAACCUUCAGUCAUGUUGAUGGAGGUGUUGAACACGAACAUCCAUGGUGGGCAGGCUUUGGCUCAUCACUGGAGGCCAUCCAUCAGAAUUAUUUUACACCAUUUCUUAAUACUACAAUCUUUCAACUCAUGAAUUGGUUCUACAAUGCAUCUCUCCAGAAAUUGAUCGAGGAUCUCAGGCAUCUUGUCAAUGAUGUUAUGUUGGCAGAAGACUUUGACUGA